AUGCGCGCGGACCGCGCCGCGCUGCUCGCGUGGCUCGUCUGCUGCGCGACCGCGCUCUCCGCGCACAAGUACAGCACGCGCGUCGUCAGAACCAAGUACGGACCGCUGCGCGGGAUCGUCGUGCACUCGCAUCCGCAGGUCGAGGCCUACCUCGGAGUGCCGUAUGCCACACCACCAUUAGGUAGUUUAAGAUACAUGCCGCCGGUGACGCCGUCGCAGUGGCGCACGACGCGGCUGGCGGACGCGUCGGGCCCGGCGUGCCCCCAGGUGCCGCCCGCAGCCGCGCCUCGCGACGACGCGUUGUUACUGCACCCGCGCGCGCGCAUUCGACAGUUGGAGCGAUUAUUGCCGGUACUGGCCAAUCAGAGCGAGGACUGUCUUUACGUCAACCUCUAUGUGCCUGUUAAUGGCGGCGAAGAAGGCGAGGGUGGUGGACUUCCGUGUUUGGUAUUUGUGCAUGGAGAAUCCUACGAGUGGAGCUCGGGCAAUGCGUAUGACGGUACCACGUUGGCGGCUAAUGGCAACAUCGUUGUGGUGACCAUCAACUUUAGGUUAGGUGUAUUGGGUUUUUUAAAGACUGGUGCUAAGGGGUCGGCGCAGGGUAACUUCGGUCUGAUGGACUUAGUGGCAGGGCUCCACUGGCUGCGGGAGAACUUGCCGGCAUUCGGGGGCGACCCUGAGCGCGUCACGCUCAUGGGGCAUGGCACGGGGGCCGCGCUAGCGAACUUCCUGGCUGUCUCGCCUGUCGCAAGGGAACUACUGAAGCGCGUCAUCUUGUUAAGUGGGUCGGGACUGAGUUCAUGGGCGCUGCAGAGGGAACCGCUCACGAUAAAAAGAAAGGUGGCUGAGCAGACGGGCUGUCACGGAGACCUGUUAGAAGACGACCUGGCGCCGUGUUUGAGGAACAAGCCUCUAGCUGAGUUACUAGCAGUCAGGCUAGACCCGCCUAGGUUUCUACCAGGAUUCGCGCCAUUCGUCGAUGGCACCGUCAUUGUUAAUCCUUCCGCACCACCUCCUACGGAUAGUUCAAGACUCGGCGCGGGCGCAGCGGCGGUCGCAAACGCAGCUGGACACGAACUCGCCGACUUCUCACAUAGAGAGCUACUGUUUGGACUAACUACCACCGAAUCUUACCUGGAAUUUAACGCCCAAGACUUGGAGUUUGGCUUCAACGAGAGCCGACGGGAUCGCAUUCUUCGCACUUUCGUCCGGAACGCGUACUAUUACCACCUCAACGAGAUCUAUUCGACCUUGAAGAACGAGUACACGGACUGGGAUAAGCCUGUGCAGAACCCGCUCAGCGUGCGCGACGCCACGCUCGAGGUACUAAGUGAUGGACGGACUGCAGCGCCACUAAUCAGAUUGGGGUACCUUCACGCACUUCGAGGUGGAACCACGUACUUUACUCAUUUCCAUCAUCUGUCACAAGACAAGGAUUAUCCACAGAGACCUGGUUCAGUCCAUGGAGAGGAGCUCCCGUACUACCUGGGUGUACCCAUCUCCCUUACGCAUCAUCAGCAGAAUUAUACGCAGCAAGAACAGCGUGUAUCAAAACUCUGCAUCCAUUACAUCUCCAAUUUCGUUCGAUAUGGGAAUCCUAAUGAUCCAUCGGCCACCCCUCCUCCAAGCCCAAUGCUGGGCGAGACUCCACGACUGGGUCCCGAUCAAACACCAUACUGGGAUACAUAUGACACUAUCAACCAACUAUACAUGGAGAUCAGUAGCAAGCCGGAGAUGCGCAGUCACUACCGAGGACAUAAAAUGUCGCUGUGGCUUUCCCUCAUCCCGCAGCUGCAUCGGCCCGGAUCCGAUCUUCCUGACGCUGCCAUGCGACAUCAUCACUUCCAGGAAGACAAUGCUAAUUACUAUGAAGGUGCUGUUCGAGCGCAGUCAAUGUCGCGCGCCCAUGUGCCGCAUGUGGUGGAGCUAGAGGGAGGUGCGCGGGGUGGGACACGCAGUACUGUGCCACCCCGUGCUGCACCUCCUCGCCCUGUCCCCGCAGCACCACCGUCAACAGAGUGUCCACCCAACGCCACAGCACCAACUGUCCAUCCGGAUGAUGCUCUGUUGCGUCGUCUCGCGUCUUCGCACUACCAGUCCUAUACAGCAGCACUGACUGUCACCAUUGCCGUUGGUUGCUUUCUUCUAUUGCUCAACGUCCUUAUUUUUGCUGGUAUCUACCAUCAGCGUGGUUCCCGUCCACGACGCUCGAAGGAUGAUUUAGCAGAAGCAGGUAGCUCUUCCUCUUCUGACAACUAUGAUGGAAAACUAGACUAUGAAGUUCGGGCGUUUGACGGCAAAGGAUUCGGAUUUGAGUGUAAAUCGGCGCACGUGCCUAGAGGAGUGGGCUCCAAAUUUGAUCUUCGAACAUUGUCGGACUGUGGUGAGCCCACUUUUGGCGAGUACAGUUGCUAUGACGAGAAGCACCGCGCAGCGCGUAGUUCCAUGCCUGACGUAAGUGUGGGCAGUGCUAUAGAGGCUGGGAGUGUAGUGUGCAUUGAUACUCAAAAGCCUGACAUUCAGAAGGUGGAAGGUCGGCCGGGUGAUCCCGUUGGCCGCACUAGUACAUUCGAGCCACGUGUGGUGGACAAUUCCACACAGGUAAAGUUUGGCCCAGAUGGCGCAGAGAGCGCGGGCGACGCGGGAGCGGAGGGGGAGGGGGGCGGCAUACUACGCGCGCCACCCGCACCCGCCGCGCCCGCGCCGCCCGGCAUUAUGAAGAAGCGGGUACAGAUACAGGAGAUAUCCGUAUGAGGGUUCCUCGACGCCGCCGCCGAGGUCGUAGUCAACAAGCGGACUAAGUUGUGAUGUGUGUCAUCUAAACGUGUACAUAGAACUGUGAAUGUACUCCUCUCGUGUACGUGUAAAUAAUAAUAUAACAGUGUCUAAUAAUAAUGAGUUGUAAGUGCGCGCUAAAUAGACCCGUGUGACUAGUUCGCCUUACUGUGUUGUGGCGGAACAAAUGCAACCACGUCUUCAUUUUCCGCUCUAUUUCUGAAUGGAUUGCGAAUAUUAAAAGCGGGUAAAGUGAGCGUCGAUGUGAUGUGAUUCAUAAUGGAGGAACGUUUCCACGUCUGGAUAUGAAUAGAUACGCCAGGUGUUACACAAAUAUUUUUCAGCUGAACGACAAUGUCAGACAAUCGGUAAACUACUUGAAAUGCAUUCAGCUAAAAAAAAGUUCUAUAGGUUUUUGCCUGCGGUAUCCUAAAUCAUCCAAUUUGGCCUACUUACUUAAUGAUUGAAGAUAUGAUAAUGGCGUGAAAGGAAUCUUGUUUGAAUAACUGUGAAAGUCAAACUUGGCUCGGGUCCUGUGCUCUAUCUCUGUGCUAUUGAUAUUACCCGACACAGAUAAAUUCAUCCAAGUUGCCUUUUAUGGUAAUAGUAUGCCAGUUACAAUUUAUUUCUACUGUCGGAUAUAGAAUGAAGGAAUUGUAGGCUCUUGUGAAUAUAUACGUAUUUAAUAAAUGUGAAUAUAACAAUAAAUUAGUGACAAAAGACUUAACAACAACCCAACAUUAGCUGUACAUACUUAUAUCAAACGAAGUGUUUCAGGUACGUAGGGUAAAGUUACUAUUAAAGAAAACAUGGUUUAAAAAACAUCGCACACGUUGUAAUUUUUUGUAAAGUUACUUUUAAGUGAGGUGUAUUGAUUUUGAGUAGUUUUUGAUAAGUAAAUAUUGAAAACUUAUUACUUAAUGGACGAGUACACGGAGAGCCAUUAUCCAAGUAAACCAUUACGCUUGCUCCCAAUAAGGUCUCAAAAGGUAAACAGGGUAAUAGACAACAUUGUCUACUCUUCGAUCCUGCAAAAAAUCCCAAUGAAUAAUUGAGUACCACGUUCAGAAGCCAGAUUUAGUAUUGGUAUCACCAGAGUUUUAUACAUAAACGUAAUAAUGUUUGAUACUCACAUAAACAUACACAAAAGGCAGAAUUGUCGAUACAAUAAAUCCCCAAUUAGUCCCUUAUUGUACUUGAACAACAAAUCUUUUAUAUUACUCUGUUACCAGGAAUCGUGCGUUAUCUGCGUAAAAUAAAUCUCCUGAAUUAUUGAAGAAGUCUCAAGAUUUUUUCUUAAGCAUACAUCUUUAGGAAUAUUGUUGAAAAAUGCUGAUAUGUGACAAAAAUUCGAGGUAUUUUCCUCUCAUUUUGAUCCGCUGUAGACAAAUCCCUAGUACUCGUCCAUAUUUUUAUCUUCACAGGAAUUGAUGAUGAUUAAAUUAAUGGUGAGUAAAUAUUUAAACACUUACACCGUUUUCCACAUUGUGACAAAAUGUGAACUAUUAUAAUAAACUCAAUUUAUUUACUUCUGUGCAACAUUGUUCUAUUUACUAAUCAUAAAAUGUAAAAACAAUUUAAUUGUAGAUAAACUGGAAUUGAUUAUAGUCGUAGUACGAUUGUUUCCUAAUUUAAUUUCUAUUCGCUAAUAUAUAUUUUUUAAAUGUUGUUAUAUUUAUGCCAAAACUUUAUUAUGUGCCAAAUGGUAGAAGACUAUUAAAAAUGCUUUCUGUGAAAAAUGUUUUAAAUGAUUGAUAAAAGAGUUUGUAACCAAUUCUGGAGGAUAAAAUAUUUGAUUUGUGUUCAAAGAAUUAUGUAAACGAAUUUGAUUCAACAUAAGUCAUGUAAAGAGUUUUAUAUAUUGUUUCGAAUUCUACGUGUUAUGGACCUAGUUAGAUUUUUUCGAAAGAGAAAUGAAAUUACAAUAAUGAUUAUGGAACUUGGCAUUCGUAUUAUUUUUAUGAGUACCCGCAUAAUACUCAUAGUAACAAUUUUAGAAAAAAAUUGUUGAGUUUGUUACAUCGAUAACUAAGUUAUUAUCAAAAUCACGAUGUAAUAAAUUAAAUAUUAUCAAAAUAUUAUUUGACAUCCUUAGAGGAAUUGCUUAAUUAAGUUGUUAUACAUUAUUGACAUUUUUAUUACUGUUAUGUUAUAAUUUUAUUCAUGUUAUUUCCAAGUAGGAUAAAAUAAACUAAUUAAAGUUUGUACAUGCUGGACAUCAACAUUUUGUUACAAUUUG